UAUAAAUUUAAGUUAUGUUUAACACACUUGUAACUUGAUUACAACUAAUCAAACCUUUUAACUCAAUUAGGUAAAUAGGUUAAAAGAUCGUGUUUGGUUAAACUGUUGUGAGGUUUUGUUGUUAAAAUAAAUCAAGCGUUUAUGAGGAUUAAAUGUAAAAAUAAAUGAAAACAUGGAAAUGUAAUGAGGUUUGUUUGUGUGAUGAAAUGGAUUGCUUCAGAAAAGGCUAUGGGACCAGACAGGUUCUUGAAAGUUUUUUAGUUUUAGAUGUUUCAACUCUCCUGAUGAAAGUUCGAAGGUCCAUAUAGCUUCUUAUUGGUGGCCGUAGUAUGGAUGACACAAGAGAACUUGAAUGUUGCAGGAGUUAUAAUUGUUUGAUGAUGUAGCAUGCAUAUAUGCUGUAAAGAAACAACCUUUGAGAACAUAAUUUGUGGUUAGAAUCAUGUUAAAACAUCAUCUGUAGAAAAGAAUGUAUAAAAAACAUAGUUCUAUGUAUUUUUGUUGUUGAUAGUGUGAAGAACUAUGGGCCGGAAAAGCUCAUCUACCCCGCUUUCUUGAAACUGAGGGAUUGUCACGGUUGUCUGCUUAUUCGUUGUCCAUUCAAGAUGGCAAACGGGACCGGAUCAUGAAGGAAGAUCUUUGGGAUCAUGCUUGGGAGUUUCACUUCAGAGAGGAUGCCCCAGAAUACUGGCGCAAUUUGGACCCGUAUUGGACAGGGGCAGAAGAUGCGCCAAUGCACCGCUACUUCCAUCCAGAUGGCAGCCAAACAGCAGAUUCCAGCGACCAGGUUUGGGGCGGCCACGAGUCCUGUUACUCCAUCAUCACUAGUUUCUUAGCAGAUGGAACGAUUAGAGAACACUAUGUGAGAAUUAACCGUUGGCCGCAAUUGCACAUAUCUAGAAGAGAGGAUUGGGGUUGGGAAAUGUCGAACCGCCUCUAUUGCUACUCGAGUGUUCCUGAUGCGCAUAUGAAAGGUGGAACCGGUCCCUGUCUUCCAAUCCUUUGAUUUUGGUUUCCGGUUGGUUUUCGUACUAGUAGUGUUGUGUUAGAAUUUUAUCUGUUUUUUAGUCUGUUCUUUUGGUUUAUGAAAGCAGAAUUUAAUUGUUUGAAGGUGGGACUGACCUAUUAUCCGGUUCUAAAAUUAAUAUUACAUACAGAUGGUUUAAUUGUA